AUGCAGAUAUUCGUCAAAACCCUCACCGGCAAAACCAUUACCUUAGAGGUCGAGAUUUCGGAUACCAUCGAAAAUGUCAAAGCCAAGAUUCAGGACAAAGAAGGUAUUCCUCCUGAUCAGCAAAGGCUCAUUUUCUCCGGCAAGCAGUUGGAAGAUGGAAGAGCCCUGGCGGACUACAAUAUCCAGAAGGAAUCCACCCUUCAUCUCGUCCUCCGUCUCCGUGGUGGAACGCAGAUUUCGGUCAAGACCUUAACUGGAAAAACUAUCACUCUCGAGAUUGAAAGCUCUGAUGGGAUUGACAAUGUCCAGGCUAAGAUAGAGGACACGGAAUCUACUCUGAAAAUCGGUCUCCGUCUUCGAGAAAGGAUCCAGAUCUCUGCUAGGGUUCAGGACAAAAACAUUCCACUGAAUCAGCAGAUUUUGACCUUUAACGGGAAGCAGCUCGAGGAUGGUAGAACUCUAGCGGAUUAUAACAUCCAACAAGAAUCUACAUUGGAUCUGGAUGUGAUGUUGGAAGGGAAUAUGCAGAUCUUUGUCAAGACUAUGACGGGGAAGACCCGCACUCUGAAUGUCAAGAGAAACGAUACUAUUGGUAAUGUGAAGGCAAAGAUUCAGGACAAGCGGGGGAUUCCGCAUCAUCAGCAGAGGCUUAUAUUUGAUGGGAUGCAGCUUGAAGAUUGGCAGACUUUGGCUGAUUACAAUAUUCAAAAGGAGUCCACUUUGCACCUUGUCUUGCUUUUUCGAGGUUAA